AUGCCCCACGUCACGUAUGGUGUGUGCGGCGGGGUUUCAGGGGGGUUCGCUUUUUCGCCAUUAUUUCUUCUUGAAAAUGGUGCGCAGAAGGCCGCCGCGCCCCAACGAAGGGCUGUUAGGGGCCCACGGCCCGGCAGCCCCACCCCCUUUGCCCUUAAGGUGGGGCAGGAAGGGCGGGACACUCUUUUGCAGAACAACCCCGUAAACCCCCCGCGGGCUUUACCGACCCCAGGGGCAUUGGUGCCUGAAGCCUCUUUAUGUGGAUGGGGCGCGCUGUUGUUUAAAGGCAACGGGGGUGUGUGGCCGCAGGGGGUGCGUGGGAAAAAGCCCCCCAUAUAA